ACGUCACGGAUGGGUGUUUGCUAUUGGCCAGCCAAGACUAGCAUCGACGUCACUCUUUGCCAAGCACGUGUCUCAUGCGACCCACAGUAGUUGUUUGCAGUUGUUUGUCAGUAUAAUUAGAGUUGCAUAUAUACGUUUUUAUACGUUUGGCAGUUUGUGCUUCAAAAUUUUGACCAGAUUUUGAAGGAAAUGCCGAUUUUUCGGCGUUGUUCGCAUCACAAUUGCCACAUUAAUGUAAUAGGAAACGCGGAAAAUACAAGACAAAAUUUUAUUAUAGGUUUAUGAAAUGGCUGAUGGGAAUUAGGACCUAAUACUAGCUUCUUGUCCAUGGAGGACAUGAACAGGAGGUAGUUUGUCUGCAUAUCACAUUUUGCCAGAAAUGUUGACUGAAAAAAACAGCUGUGUGGAGUGCACUCCCUAGUAAAAUUUCUUGACAAUGCCCUGAGUUGCCUAAUGGAGCAUCCAGAGCAUUUAGAACAAGAUGGCCAGCAAACAAGACCUGCCCCAAACAUUGCACCUUUCAUUCAGGCUUCCUUGCAUAACCUGGCGGCUCCCUACCUGCUGGAAAAGAGAGUGCAAGACAUCCUGGAGAUAGCAUUUAUUCCAAUAAAUGAUACAAAGUAUAAUACUGUCAAUUUUGGUAACCUGUUGGUAUUGCUGUAUGGUAAUUUUGGAUUUAAAGUGGUAGGCCUCAGUAUAUAGUUUUGGUCAUGGUCCAUUCAGAUCUGUAAUUGUCUGUUCAGAAAGUAGGCAAUCUUUGACAGGUUUUAAAACUAAUUAGUAUUACUAUGGAAUGUAUUCUUCCACCAAACACAUGGGCUGGAGUGGGAGUAUCAAGAGGGAGAGUUCAGUGCUUAUAGUUGGAGGUUAGGGAUAGUUUUCACAAGUGAUUUACAUUGUUCCAAGACUGUCAUUACAAAGAAUGUUAUAAGAAUUGAUACAAAUAGUGCGCAAAAGAUGGGACUACAUAUGCAAGUGAAUUAACUCGUGGAUGUAAAUCAAUAUGCCAUAAAUUUGAGUUUCAAGAGAUCCUGUAUUGUUUUCUUUCAAUAUAUUCUUUAUUAAACCUGCAACUCACUAUACUAGCUGCCAAACUGGAAGUCCAGUGGUCGUGCAAAGAGAGAGGGAGUGUAUAUUAUUGCUUUGUUGCCAAAUUGCUGGUUACUCUCUUUCUCUCCCUCUCUGGUAGACCUGUCAUUACGAAUUCCUAAGAAAGGGUCUUAACACCUCCCUACCUCCAGAAGAUUGGAACAAUUAAGAGGCAAUAUUUUUGACGAGUUUUUAAAACAAUUCACUUGUUCGAAGCCAUUUUUUUCUUGAUUAUUAGUUGUUGACACAAUUGCAAUUCUAUUCUCUCUUUAAACUACAAUUGAAUUUUCUGCAAUCCAGAACGGUGUAAGUGACAUUUUAUAAAUUCUGUGAAAAAGUGUUUAUUUUAUGCUACAUUUCAGUGGCAAUGUAUGUUUGUGGUUUUCAUGAACAGUUGAAAUGCUGUGGUGUUGAUGACGAAGAAAACACGACAACUUUACAAUAAUAUUGACUUAAAUAAAGAGAUUUCUCAGAAUUUAUAAAAUGUCACUUGUACUGUUCUGACUUUCGCCCAUUCAACUGUAUCAGAUAAUAUAGUAUGAUAAAUAAAAUAUUCAAGAUAUUCUCUCUAAACUACAAUUGUAUCAGAUAAUGUAAUACAGUAAAUAAAGUAUUUAAAAUAUUACUUUUAUUUCAAAAUAAUGUGUAACGUAAUGUUAGCUGCAAGACUUGUUUUUUAUUGCAUUUUAAGAAUGCUGCAAGUUGAAUACAUUUUACUUUGCCCCUUCUUCCGUCUUUUAUUCUAUAUUACGCUCAAGGUAAACGCAACAGUCGUUGAUACUGAACUAGAAGUUAUUAUUUGCAGCUGUUCAAUUUUUACUUAAUUUUAUAAAAAUUUAUAGUAAAUAAUAUAAAA